AUAUAUACAAUUUCAGUUUGUCCAAUCAGCCAAUCAUGCUGAGUAGACCGAUUCUGGUCACCAGAUGUUUUGGUUUUUCUUUAAAAGGAACUAAAGCAAAUUAAUGUACAGCCAAUGUCAAAGUUGGAAAUUAUUAGAUUUAAUCAACAUGAUUUAAAAUUUGCUUCCAUGAAAUGGAAAACCUAAACAUUUUGAAACAUUUACAUUCUGACUGCAGGUAUUCUAGCCAAUGUUUGCUGGUAAUCUGAUUACAUUUCCCUGCAUGCUGUUUGUUCACUGGCUCAGAAUAACUGCUCAGUCUGAUGUUGGGCUUAGAAAAGAAGACUAUUCAAUGUUAGAACUUGUACCAAUAAGGGGGAUUUAGACCCAAAACACACAUGAAUGAUUUCAUUAAAAGCUAAAAAACAGCAGAAAGGUUUGACUCUAACGGAGAUGCCAGUGCAGUCUGGUCCAAAGAUGCUCCAGGAUUUAGCAAAAAUUGUCUGAUGAUCCAAAUCAGUCAAAUGUAACCAAUCAGCAACUAUCCAGUUUGACACUCAAAAUUCAGAUUUUUCUUUAGUAUGUGAAUGCACCAUUACAAUUCCAACAUUUUUCUCCAUCCAGGAACUCACCAUCUGCUAAUGCUAAUAAUGUAAUUUCACCAAAAAAAAAAAAAAAAAAAAAAGGAAAUAUGUUUAAGAUGGUUCUCUGAGAUCAAUCUGGAGGUGGUCUCAGCAGGUCAGAGCUGUACUAGAACUGAAAAUUGGUAUUGGCCCACAAAACCAGAAUCGGUGCCUUAGCUGUGAAAUCUAAGAUCUAGAUUAAUUAGUAGUACAAAGGUGCCGUUUUUUAUCUGCUCUUAUUGACUGCUGUAUCUGUAUUUCAUGUGCCUGUUUUAUGUUGCUCUUUGGAGGCUCUUCGAUCAGCUCCCACGCUGUUUUUACAUGCACCGUAGAAAUAAACUGGCAUAUAUAUAACACCUGUUAUUUGCAUAGUUUUUUUUAAACUUUCUCGAUGAAAGCAAACUUUGAUGAGUACAUAAAGUCCUAAUUACUAUCCUUCUCUGGUUUAUUAGUUCAAAUAAACAGAAUUUCCAUCUCAAACUUUUGAGAGUGGUGGUGUAUAUUCUAGACAGGAAUAAAUCUAAGAUCAAAACUUUAAACCGUUUUAAAUGAUAUGAGUCUAAUUUGAGAAAAUGACAGGGUCACUGUGAUCUUCCAAUGAGUUUUAACGGUGAUAAUGACCCAACAAACUAUAGCAGCUCAUUUAAUGCACACCACAUCCUUCAUCCUUUCUGCUUGAUUUGUGGACAAAAGUACAAAUGCUACUUUGUCUGUCUGACAGCUCGCGUUAUUGAUGUGCUCCUGCUGCAGUUGUAUUGCUUGUGUCCCUGCAGAGAGGAGCUCAUCAUCCCAGGAUGCUGGAUUUCAACAAGUGAGGCCAUAAUUCCUUUAACACAUGAUGUAGCGAUAAUUUACCCCCAAGACCCCGUGCUCCGGAUGGGGUCCAACCUGACGGCCAGCUGCUGGGUCCACCCCGACCUCGGUGUCCACGCCAGCUCGCUGUUCUGGACGCUGAAUGGCCAGCAGCUGCCAAGCUCUCUCUACAGAGUGUUGAGCCCGACCAACCUGAGCGUGACGCUGGCCGGCCUUAACGCUUCCAGGCAAACAUCUGGGGACAACCUCGUCUGUCACAACCACAAGGGGCACAUACUGGCUGGCUCCUGCCUCUAUGUUGGAUUGCCUCCAGAGAAACCAGUUAAUUUGAGCUGCUGGUCCCGGAACACCAAGGACCUGACAUGCAGCUGGGCUCCUGGAGGAAGAGGAGAGACGAACAUCAGCACACAGUACAAGCUGAAGUACAAACUCAGAUGGUAUGGUACAGAGAAGGAGUGUAAGGAUUACAGUCACACACAGCCCUACUCCUGCAGCAUCACCCAGGACCUGCACCUCUUCACGCCGUAUGAGAUCUGGGUGGAGGCCUCCAACCAGCUGGGCCGGGCCGCCUCUGACGUCAUCAUCCUAGACAUCUUAGAUGUGGUGACCACUGACCCUCCGUCAAGUGUGACCGUCAGCCGUGUUGGCCAACUGGAGGACCAGCUCAGUGUUCGCUGGGUUGCUCCACCAGCUCUCAAAGACUUCCUGUUCCAAGCCAAAUACCAGAUCCGCUACAGGCUGGAGGACAGCCAAGACUGGAAGGUGAUGGAUGACGUCGGGAAUCAGACGUCUUGUCGCCUGGCUGGACUGAGACCAGGAACGGUGUAUUUUGUGCAGGUUCGUUGUAACCCGGUGGGCAUCUACGGCUCUCGUAAAGCUGGGAUCUGGAGCGAGUGGAGCCACCCCACAGCGGCUUCCACACCACACAGUGAGCGCCUGAUGUCGGGCUCUUGCGACUCUAAGUCGAGCGGGGACUCUAACUCCACCCUCCGCCGGGAGCUGAAGCAGUUCUUCGGCUGGGUAAGGAAACACGCCUAUGGCUGCAGCAGCAUGUCCAUGAAGCUGUACGACCAGUGGAGGGUGCUUAUGCAGAAAUCCCAAAAAACUCGCAACCAGGUAGGUUCUCCAAGGGGAUAAAUCAUAGCACAUGCUGGCUUCACAAGCAGAGAAAAGAGAGCGGAGUGAAAGCAGGGUGUGUUUUUGUGUAUAAGUGAGAAAAAGAGACUGUGUUCGUAUAUAAUAAAGACAAUUUGCUCCAGCCAUUUAUCGCGGAUGCAGAGGCCUCAAGAGGAAAUCCAAAGAAAAACUGUGGGAAACAGAAUAAAACAACACACAGGUGAUGUUUAACUCAUUGCGGGUGACCUGUCGUCAUGACUUCUCUGCUUCCACGUUGUAGCACGAUCACCCCGGACAGCAGUAAAGACUUUUGACAUCAUUUGACCUAAAUGUUCACAGAAGCAUUAAAACAAUAAUCCAGUUUUAUCUGAAGUGUUGGCUGAAGCAUGAAAGAGUUGUGUUGGUCCAAAGCACCAUCUAGUGGCUGUUCAACAUCCGUGGAUCGUCUUCAGCAACUUUCUGAUGUAAAGCAAAGCUCCAGUAACAAUCGGUGAUGCAGUAUUUUAAUGAAUGCAGUUUUUUUAGGAUAACGUGCCAAACUGGUUCUCCCAGUAUGUGACUGAUGACCUGAUGGUGUUUGUGUAGGCUUUAGAAACAGUGUGCUGCCUUGUAUAUUUUUGUACCAGUAUAUUUAAAGUAUAAAGCUAUGUUUUAUAAAUCUUAAAUUAUGUUUAGUUAGCAAAGACUGUACAAUGACUGAAGCUGUUAUCGAUCUCCAAUGGUGUUCCAUAAAAAUGCUGCC